CUAUUCUCAGGGUCUACUGAACUGUGCGGGGAAGGGAAGUAACCAGAUGAGAAUUUUACCCUUUUUUAUUUCCCUUGCCAUUUCACAUAGAACAAAAUAUAUCUCUCUUUUAUAUAUAGAACUUCUAUCUACGAUUAAAUUUGGACAGGGGAUUCUGACUUAAGUUCACAAACACAUACAUGUGCAUACAGUAUUAAAAACAUGUAGUUGAAAGCCAUUUGCUUAGAUGAGUUCUUCCAGUCCUCCCAAAGUAUGUUACACUUCUAUGAUUCUAAAAUGUUAUACUUCAGUUCAGAAUAUGGUAAUGCCACAUUCUGAGGAAUGUUAAGUCUGAAUGAGGGACUUAAGGAAAGGUUUGAGAGGACAGAUUGGUUUGGGAUUAGGUGUACUUGAAAGGUUGGUAAGACAUUCUCAAGUUUCUGGUGACCAAUUAGAAAGUAGGGUUUGGGCUAAGGCUCAGACUUCCUGGCCUGGUGAUGACACGAUUUUUGGGAAGAUCAUUCACAAGGAAAUUCCAGCCAGAAUCAUUUAUGUGGAUGACCAGUGUCUCGCUUUCCAUGACAUUUCCCCUCAAGCACCAACACAUUUUCUGGUGAUACCCAAGAAACAUAUAUCCCAGAUUUCUGCAGCAGAAGAUAAUGGUGAAAGUCUUCUUGGACAUUUAAUGAUUGUUGGCAAGAAAUGUGCUGCUGAUCUAGGCCUGAAGAAGGGUUAUCAAAUGGUGGUGAAUGAAGGUUCAGAUUGGGGACAGUCUGUCUACUGUGUUCAUCUCCAUGUUCUUGGAGGUCGGCAGAUGAAUUGGCCUCCUGGUAAAGCAUGUUGUAGGGAUAAUUUUCCCUUCUCUAUUCAGUGA